AUGAAGAGAUUCACCUUGGAGAAGGGAUAUCUCACGAUGGAAAGUUCCUUAAAGAUUUUCUAUGAGUUUUAGGGAACUUACUAUAUUUGGGUAGGUAGUAAAUAUUGGGUAGAUAUGCUAGGUUAGCCGACUUGAUUAUUGUGUAUAUAUAGUCUAUACUACCUAUGUAUUAGGGUUGUCACCAAAAUUGUAUUCUUAGCAUAGGAGUGGGUUUCAUAAGCUUGUAAACGAGUGAAAGCACUAAGGGCUAAGGGGAGAGAUUCUAGAGGUUUUGUAUUCGACCUUAGGACGUAUGAGGCUAGAGCAACAAGUCAAAGGUGUCUUGAUCUUGUUGAAGUUCAUACUUGUAAGUUCACUUAAAAAAAAUACUAGUAAUACACAUAUCUUCGUAGAUAUAUUCUUUAGUGUGCCGUUUGCCUUACAUUUGUGUGGUAGUUCUUACAUUUACAUCAUCAUAGUUAUCUUAUUUAAAGAACCCAAUAAUAAUAGGCCUAACCUCCUUAUUUUGGGCCGAGGUAAAUGAAGAAAAUAGACACGUCAUUCCUUCGUAGGUGCAGACUACGAUGAUGAAGUUCAAACGACGUUGCUCUUAUGAGUUUAAUUUUGUUUUACCUUCUCAAGAAGAGGCUCGGGAAGUUCAAAGGAGAGUGUGAACUGUGAAGUCAACAAGAGUUUCAGAAGAAGAAGAACUAAGUUUAGCAUCUUUUAUGCAUAUGGAAGCUCGCAGGAGUUUGGCCCAUGUAAUUAGUUCUCGUUACUGAUCACAUCAUCCUUUUUCUUCUUAUUUCUUUUCAUCGAUUCUAAAACUUUAUCUGCAUUUGAUUGUAUGUCGAAGAUGAACUCUCAGACUUCGUAUGGAGUUGUAGGGAAUUCCAACGAGGAGAAACGAGUUAUAGAAAAAGCAAGGAGUUUGCUCAACUGGUUGACUGAACGGAACUUUGACAAGAUAAAGGAUGAGAUCGUCCAGACCAUUAUAAGAGCGUCCCCCUCUGCUUUCGUUAUCAAGUCUCUAGUGUGUUUCAUUUUAGAUAUGGCGAUGGUGGACAGUACUGCCAAUGUCUUAUUCGCUCGUCUAUCAGUCCAUCUUUUUCAAUCUCUUCCCCCUUUCCCAUCAGCUGACUGUCACGGCGAGAUUACCACUUUCGAGAGGCUCUUCUUGUGUAAAUGCCGAAUGGAACUUGAACACUCAUCUCCUGAAACUGAUAGGCAUGCACCACUUGUUUACGUUGACGAAUCUGACUGUUGGAGAUUUAUCAAGACCGUGCGUCUCUUGGCUGAAAUUUUCAAGAAUAGGAUGCUCUCCAAAACUACUCGCCAAAGUAUUAUUCAGGUGCUCAUGAAUCCCAUCUUCCCACCUGAGAGGAACACGGAUUCUAUGAAUUGUUUUCUGUCCUUUGUUGGAGUUCUAGCUGACUUUAAAUUUUGUGAUGAAAAUUUCAAGCAGCUACUGCAAAAUUCACGGGCUGUAGAGCUGGAGAGCAGUUACAAUGAACAAGUCACGCUUAGGAAGGAAGCAGAAGAUGCACUUGCUAGAAAUGAAGGAGAACGAGAUUUAAUGAAACGGCUACUCGAAUCUUACAAGGAAGACAAAUGUAAAUUGCAUUUACAUGCUCAAGGUUUGGAGCAAAAGUACCAAAAUGAGUCAAAGCUUCGGAAAGAAACAGAAUGUGCGCUUGCAAUAGAAAGGGAGAGCAUUGCCAAGGUAAGGCUUCGACUGGAAACUCUCGAGAACGAACACAAUAACUUGCGGUUGAAAGCUGAGGAGCUCGAGAGCAACUACACGGACGAGCUGAUUCUCAGGAAAGAAUCAGAAGUUUCACUUGAUAAAGAAAGGAAUGAGUUGGAGGCGAUGACGCAAGUGUUUGAAAUUUGUAAGACAGAACAAGAGAACCUGACCUCGCAGGUCAGAACUUGGCAGGACAAAUACGACCAAGAGUUGAGCGUUAGGAAAGAAACGGAGGAUUCUCUUUCUAGACAAAAAGAAGAGCUUGAGAUAGUCAAAGGACUACUAGAAGCAUACAACCAAGAAGCAGAUGCAAUGCGAGAAGAGAGGGAUAGUGCUCUCCAAACAGUACAAGAGCUCACAAGAAAGCAUUUGGAAGAGCGUCAACCACCGCCCUCGUUUUACUGCCCUAUCACACAAGAGGUGAUGAAAGAUCCACACUUUGCUGCGGAUGGAUUUACAUACGAAGCAGAAGCUAUUAAGAAAUGGUUUAGCACAGGUCACGAAACGUCACCCAUGACAAAUCUCCAGCUUCCUCAUCGCAACCUUGUCCCAAACCGCGCUCUCCGGUCUGCUAUUCAAGAUUUGAUUUGAGUUGCUUUUCAUUCCGGUUUACUAUAAAACUGAAAUUUGGUUUCUCUAUUUUGCCAUCUGGUUUUUGGUACUCUACUAUUUUAUUUUUUCCAUAAACCAUAAAUAUGGCAAUUUUUCUCUCCUAAUUCCCAACUCAAGACACUAUUUUUGUCUUUAAAACGAGAAAAGAUAAGACAAGGCAAAAGCUCCAAAUAGAAACUCUUAAAACUGAACAUGAUGAUAACAUGCGUUUCAAGGCCUCUGAGGAGUUUAUGGCGAUGAAGCAACUGCUUGAAACUUGCAAAAGAGAACAGGAGAACCUGAAUUCACAAGUCAGGAGUUUGCAGACAAGCACGAGCAAGACGCUAGCCUUAGAGAGGGAACAGAGCCAGAGGAUGCUCUUUGUAGAGAAAUACAAGAGUUUUUUGACAUACUCAAUGGGCUGAUUGAAUGAAUAUAUAUUACAACAGAGAAGCAGAUGCGAUGUGAGAAGAGGGGAACAAUGCACUUGAAGAGAUCUCAACACUAGCAAAAAGGAAGAGCGUCAACCUCCCCCAUCGUUUAUUUACCCAUAUCUAUCUCACAGGCAAAACCCAUAUCUUUACAAGAAGAUUACUUGCACAACACUCAAUUUCGUAAGUAGCCUAGGUAGUAAUAUGCCAAGUUACUAUGUG